GUAACCCUUACUAGCGUUUUACUCUCUGGGGUAACGUUUACCCCUAUUACAGAAGGAUUUUUUGCUGUUCCAACCCCGAGGGGCAAUUUUUUGUUCUUCGAGGUUAGUCCCCUCCACAGCGAACCACGUGUCACAAUCUCGUUGCUCCGUCACUGUACUUUUCACUUGGCAAAUUCGCCACACCCCUCCUUGUCUUCUUGUUCCGAAGCCAUCCAGUGAGGUGGGUGGCUCUACAGCGCGCUGUUACACAGCCUUACUGUUGCGUCAAAUCUCCAGAUCUCCUGCCAGCACGUCAGCCAACUCUACCUCUUGAUAUACGCCGGCCGAUACAUACAAGAGUAGGUUAGCAUAUAUGCAUGAAAUAUGUUGCAUAUAAUUGCCUCAAGUUAAGAGACCACAUUUCCU